UGCUCCUCCCGUUUCAGCGCUGCUAUAGCGGAUCUGUAGUACGAGGACGAGGCUGGGGCUCAGUCCUGUUUAAACCCCCUCUAUACCUGAAACAACCACCUUCCCCGUUACCAACCCGCCUGCAGGAGCACUACAAGCGCACCGGGAGACAUAAAUGGUGGAGGCCGUGGUGGAGUUCGACUAUGAGGCUCAGCAGGAUGAUGAGUUGAGCCUGACGGUGGGUGACAUCAUCGUGAACAUACGGCGGGAUGAGGGAGGAUGGUGGGAGGGCGAGCUGGGAGGACGGAGGGGACUGUUCCCCGAUAAUUUUGUCAGGGAGAUAAAGAAAGAUAGUAAGCGAGAAGGACAGCCAAGCAUGAUAAGAUCUGACCUUUCCAAUGGCAGGGCCAGUCCUGUGUCCGACCCCAGUGCACGGCCAAGCAAGAAAGCAGAGCAGAUCCGUAAACGGAGGUGUAAAGCGGCGUUCAGCUACGUUCCUCAGCAUGAAGAUGAGCUGGAGUUGAAAAUAGGAGACAUCAUUGACAUUGUAUCAGAGGUAGAGGAGGGCUGGUGGGAAGGAUAUCUAAAUGGGAAGAGUGGCAUGUUUCCCUCCAAUUUCACCAAAGAGAUCCUGCUGGAGUCUGAUACACCCUCUGUAGACACGCCCACCUCACAGGAGGAGCUCCGCAGUGGCCGCACAAGUAAAGACAGCCCAGGCAGUGAAAGUGAUGGAGGAGACAGUCGGUCAGAAAUGGGGUCAGGAGAAAUCCAGCCCAAGAAGGUCCGAGGGUUCGGCUUUGGUGACAUCUUCAAAGAUCAGCCCAUCAAGCUCAAACCUCGCUCUCUGGAAGCCGACUUAGAGGGGGAAAAGGCUAACGAGGGGAAAACAGCAAGUGUUGCUGCUGAAACCAUGAAGACUGAACCUGACAGCAAAGCCAAAGGGCGGGAGCUGUGUAAAGUCCUUUUUCCAUAUGAAGCACAAAAUGAGGAUGAGCUGUCACUCAAAGAGGGGGAAAUCAUCAACAUUAUCACAAAGGAGUGUGCUGAUGCUGGCUGGUGGAUGGGGGAGAUCGGGGGAAGGCAAGGUGUCUUUCCAGAUAACUUUGUCAAGCUGCUAGAAGCCGAGAAAGAGAGACCAAAGAAACCACCUCCACCCAGUGCACCGUCAGCUAAACACACAACAGAGAAAAAGUCGGAUGUCAAGAAGCUUCCUCCUGAGCGGCCUGAACAUCUGCCACAGAGAGACCAGGAUCGAGGUGAAGAAGUAAAGGUUGGAGACAUCCCCAAGCCCUCCCUCCCAUCUAUCCUUCCCAAGAAACCCCUCCCCCCAAAGACAAGCUCCUCUUCCUCCUCCCAACCCCCGCGGCGACCUGAGAGACCACCCACUCUAGCGUGUGAAAGCCCCAAGUCUGAGGGCGGGGUUUCGACACCCGAUUCUGCCCCUGACAGGUCACAUGACGCUGACAUGGACUUAGACGUGGUGGUCGCAUCAACAGAGAAGCUGAGUCAUCCAACGGCGUCACGGCCCAGAGUCACAGACCGCCGGCCUCGCUCACAGAUCAUCACACCUUCUUCUCUGUCCAGCAUCGACCUCGAGUCCCCCACGGUGGAGGAGAGGAAGAACAGACGGAAGGAGGAGCUAGAAUCUGUCCUUUCCAGACCUGUAGAAGUUUCCGUGAGAAAAGGAGUUCCCACCAUCUCUGCACCUGACAGUAAAGCACCCCUGCCCGCCAAGCCCUCUGUCCUGAACCCACCAAACAGCUCCGGCCAUCGCUCCGUCUCCCCAUCUUCCUCCUCCGGUCUAACCCCCUCCCCCGAGCUGCGGCAUUCACCUAUGACCCCGCCAACGCUGGAGGAACUCAAGAAUCAGUUGCGAGACCUGAGGGCCUCCGUAGACCUGCUGAAGAGCCAGCACAGGCAGGAGAUGAAGCAGCUGGCCAGUGCGCUGGACGAGGAGAAGAAGAUUCGUCUUAGUUUACAGAUGGAAGUAGAGCACAUAAAGAAGAACCUGGGGAAAUGAAAGCUUAAGCAUCCUUAUCGUCGCACUCUGAUUACCACAUCGGAGGCCAGCAUUUGAAAACAUUCUCACUGUUGGCCGGGUCACUUCAGCCAAAUCAAAGUUUGUGCCAAACGAUCAUCACGAUCGACAUCAGCAACAACAACAACAACAACAACAACAACAACAACACCACAGCAACCAUGGAAUCAGACACCUUCCUCCCCCUGACGCCGCCUUAUCCUGUGUUUACUUCACUAGUUUAUUUCUCUUUCAAUAAGGCUUCUCUGUUAAGUUUACUGCUAUCUUGUCGGAGCUUUGCUGUGCCACUGGUACUGACUGACCUCGGCCUGUCGCUGUGUGUUGCCAUGGUUACAGAGGGCUGACACGGAGCAGCGGCCGCCACGGCGACCUCACUGGUACUUCAGUUUCUGAGCUUGAAGGAAACUUGGGACUCAGCCUCCGUUGCCCAGUUGGUUCAGACGACCUCUGUGCUGUUCUGUGUCCACUCUGCGGCCUUUGCCUCUUAUCUGUGUGCGUGUGUUCGUAUGUGUGUGCAUGUGUGUGAAUUACCAUCCAUGUGACAACCAUGGCUGGUCCUGACUUCUUCCACGGGCUAGUUUUGGUAAAAUAUUUGGGUUUAGAGGUAAGAUUACAAUCAAAUCCAUAUGUUUGAGGCACAUCAUUAGCAUUACGGUAACAGUUCUACACACUGUACUUGAUGUUUCUCUGGUAUACUGCGGGCGUGAUUUUGAAGCAUCAGGUACUAACAUUAGUUAGACAUAUUUCCCCAAUCCUGGAUAAUAUCUCACUUUAUUCUUUAUGCCACAAAUUUCUAAUCUGCAGUCAAAUAUUCAACAUGUUGGGAGAUUAAAAUUUUAACUUAUAAGCACAUCAGGAUUCUCCCCCCUUCAGUGUAAUUCAAUCAUCAUGACAAGUUGUGAUACUGUAGGUGCUAUUUAAAUGAAUAGUCUGACAUUUUGGAAAAUAAACUUACUAAGAGUUAGAUGAGAAUAUUGAUAGUAUCUAUCUUCUCAUCUAAUGCUGAGAUAAAAAAACAAGCAAAAUGUAAACUAUAAUGAUAUUUGACAGCAAAUUAAAAAUGUAUAUAAAGAAGUUAGUGCAUGAAUACGCCUAUCUAUGAUAUUAUCAAGUUAAUAUUAUUGCCUUUUGGGAAAAUUAUUUUACUUUUAUGACUUAUGCACUUUUGCGCCACCUCUGGAAAUCUUGUAAAACAGCUGUGCUGGUCGCAUCACAACCCCAAACACUCAAACUGAGAUCACUUGAUGUGCACCUGAUGUUUCUGGUGCUUUUUUGGCAGAAGGGUGAAGGGUAAAGUUUGGGACAGGAUUUAAGGAAUGUAGUCAGUGAAAGAUCCUCACAGGUGAAGGAAGAGAAAAAUGUGUGUGUGUGUGUGUGUGUGUGUGUGUGUGUGUGUGUGUGUGUGUGUGUGUGUGUGUGUGUGUGUGUGUGUGUGUGUGUGUGUGUGUGUGUGUGUGUGUGUGUGUGUGUGUGUGUGUGUGUGCGUGUGUGCGUGCGUGAGGUAGCAUGUACGGCUGUUUGCCUCCCUUCCUUAAAUGUGCACAGACUCUAUGGCAACCCGUCACUGUGGCCUUCCUGUUUCUGACUCCAAAUCUUUCUUUAUUUCUUUCUUUCUGUCCUCUUUCUUUCUUUCUGUCUCUCUUUCUUUCUUUCGUAUAACAACGAGAAAACUGCUACAACUGAGGCGACAAGUUGUUUUCUUGACUUUGUCCUUUCUCUCCAGGAUAGUGAUAAAUAUAUAUACUUUUAUAUUUCAGUGUAAUAAAGAUGCUAUUAUGU